AUGGCAUAUGGGAUACAAUACUAUCUUCUAGUAAAUUUUUUAUUCAUCGCCAUAGUAUCACCUCAUGUGCGAGCUCAGCCUCCAACAGCCGAUGAUAUUAUAGAAAAAGAACGUGCAGCAAGGCAUUUGCUGUUCAAAUCUGUUAAUAAUGUAGCAGAACCGACGGAACGAGGGUUUUUCGGAACCAUCUUCCAUGUUAUAUUAGAGCAAAUCAACGACACCAAAAGUGCCUAUAACCAAAUAACUGACUUGGUUACCAAACAAUUUGUAGAUGAGAAUGCUAUUACCCCUGCUCCAGAUCCAUCUAACAAUGGAACUACUGAGACACCUAAGUUAACCAGAACAGAAUUUUUAAGAAUAUUGGAUCGAAAUUUAAAGGGGCUAGCCCGUCUACGCAACUUAGAAUGGCGUGAAGCGAUGAAGGACUCAUCAGCAAAUCUAAAAGCGUACAAAGAUGAAAUAUUUAGAGGAAAAAAAGCUAGAAGCGGCAGAUAA